GUUUCUGCUUUCUGAGACCGAAACGCUGCCCGAGAACCGAGACUAUACAAGGGACCCCGGCUUCCCGCGAAUGGACCGGAAGGGGGCGCCUAAUAAGGUCACGGUCGAGGUCCAGAGCGCCUCAUCUCUAUGGCUGUAAACCCUGAGCAAGAUGACCACCUCCCAAAAGCACCGAGACUUCGUGGCAGAGCCCAUGGGGGAAAAGCCAGUGGGGAGCCUGGCCGGAAUUGGCGAAGUCCUGGGCAAGAAGCUGGAGGAAAGGGGCUUUGACAAGGCCUACGUGGUCCUUGGCCAGUUUCUGGUGCUAAAGAAAGAUGAAGACCUCUUCCGGGAAUGGCUAAAGGACACAUGUGGCGCCAAUGCCAAGCAGUCCCGGGACUGCUUCGGGUGCCUUCGGGAGUGGUGCGACGCCUUCUUGUGAUGCCCUCUGGGGAGCCCCCGACCCCUGACCCCAGCGUUGAGUCUCCGGAGUUCGCAGCUGAGCGGGGGCUCCUCCCUCGUCCUCUACAAAGGAAACAGUUGCUGUCUACUCACCUCCGAUAUCCUCCAGGGUCUUUGUGGGAGUUCUCUCCCCUCACCAUUUCAACUUUUUUGGGAU